AGUAGGGAUUCUGUGGAUGUACAAAGGAAAUCACGAUACUCCACUCAGAGCAGUCAGAGCCGAGCUAUUCGGACGUUGCCGCUCCGAGAGGAAGGUGCUCGAUCACUAUUCGUUGUGUUUCAGUAUUUUCUUCUGGUAAGACCAACCAAGAGACCUUGGCGUUCAUCAUGUGGCGACUGGUUUUCGCGUUGACCUUGGUCGGCACGACUUUGGUAACGGCAUUGCCCGCGGCGCAACAAGAAGGUAGUCUCGACGAUCUCAUCAACAAGGCGUUUCCUAGCACUACCCCUCAGUCGGUACCCCAAAUAGGCGGCGACCUCGACAGCCUCAUCCGAGACGUCUUCAACACCGGAAACGUCAGCACCACCACCUCCAGAAACGUCAUCCUCGGCAAAGAGAAUCAAACGCCCUCGAAACCCGACGACUGCGAAUGCGUGCCUUAUUACCAAUGCAAAGAAGGCAGAAUCGUGGAGAACGGAAUCGGCAUUAUCGAUAUCAGGUCCGAUUUUGGUGAUAAGGAUAAGCCUCCGGGAGGCCUUGGGCCAUGCGACAAUUAUUUGGAUGUUUGCUGCAAACCGCCGGAUCUACAGCCACCAGUCACGCCUCCACCAGAGACUAGAAUCGGAUGUGGACAGCGACAUGCUGAAGGGGUUGGCUUCAGGAUCACCGGCCAAACCGAUAAUGAGGCCCAAUUUGGAGAAUUUCCGUGGAUGGUGGCUAUUUUGAAGGAAGAGGCCAUCGGCGAGAACGGCCAGAAAUUGAAUGUUUAUCAGUGUGGCGGAGCUCUUAUCCACAAACAGGCCGUUCUCACUGCGGCUCACUGUGUCAAUGGGAAGCAACCGCACGAGCUAAAAGUUCGCGCUGGAGAAUGGGACACGCAGACGAAGAACGAGAUCUAUCCGCAUCAAGAUCGCGACAUCGAGAAAGUCAUUGUUCACGAGGGAUUCCAUUCGGGUGCGCUCUACAACGAUUACGCUAUCCUGAUCCUGAAGACUCCGGUCGAUUACGCGGAGAACGUUGAUAUCGUGUGUUUAGCGGAUUUGUAUGCGAACUUCGACGGAUCCAGGUGCUUCGCCAGCGGAUGGGGAAAAGACGUAUUCGGUAAAGAGGGACGUUACCAAGUGAUUUUAAAGAGGGUGGAGCUUCCUGUAGUGCCGCAUAAUACCUGUCAAGACAUUAUGCGUACCACCAGGUUGGGAAAAUACUUCCUUCUAGACAGAAGUUUUAUCUGCGCGGGUGGGGAACUAGGAAAAGAUACCUGCAAGGGCGACGGUGGAAGUCCCCUCGUGUGUCCGGUGAAGAAUGAUCCAACUAGAUUCGUUCAAGCUGGCAUCGUAGCCUGGGGACUUGGCUGCGGCGAGAACGGAACUCCCGGCGUUUAUGCUAACAUAGCCCACGCCCGUCGAUGGAUCGACGAACAAAUGGCCUACCACAAUCUAGACAACAGCGUCUAUCAAUAUCCCAACUAAUCAUUUUCACCCGUGCCAUUAUUAAACACGCGAAUUUCUUUUUGAUUCUGGUAGAUCAUUUGUCAUAGAUCCCAUUGAUAUUUAAGUGAAUUCUUUUACGUCAAAUGAUUCUACAUUGAGAACAAAUUUAAUGUCUGAUAAGCUACACAUUGACAGUCAACAUAGAAUUCCGUAAAUCUCUCUAAUGUUAAGACGUUCAAUCAGCGUUAUGUUCGUAAUUUGAAUUAGUCGUUCAAAAAUGACUGUUGAUUUGUGUAUGUGACAAAAAAUGAAUAAUCAUUGUAAAAAAUAA